AUGUACGACCUUGUAAAGGAUCAGUAUCACUUUCAGCUGGAUCCUGAGACAGGAAGCCCGUCUCACUUACACUUCCUGGUUCCAGUCAAAAGCCUAAACCGAGGUCUGCACCUGCUACUCUCACUGCACACACACAUCAACCUGCGUGUGUGUGUGUGUGUGUGUGUGUGUGUGAUGGACACACAGUGUGAAACCCCCUCAGUGAAGGAGCUGGAAAGGAUUCUGUAUGGAGGGAAACGGAGCGGAAAUCAUGUGGACGAGGUUUGGCCCAACCUGUUCCUGGGAGACAUGUCGAUAGCUAACGAUCGCUUCAGCCUGUGGAAGCUCGGGAUCUCACACGUGCUGAACGCCGCUCACGGGAAAGCGCACUGCCAAGGCAGCCACGAGUUUUACGGCUCGUCUGUGGAGUACUACGGCGUUCCUGCAGACGAUUCGCCGUCCUUUAAUCUCUCUCUUUACUUCCAGCCGUGUGCGGACUACAUCCAUCAGGUGCUGAAUUCUCCUGGAGCACGUUUGCUGGUGCACUGUGCAGUAGGUGUGAGUCGCUCUGCUUCAUUGGUUCUCGCCUACCUGAUGAUCCACCACCAGCUCCCCCUGCUGGAGGCCGUCAACACGGUGAAACAGCGCAGAUGGAUUUUCCCAAACCGCGGAUUUCUCCGGCAGCUUCGAGCACUCGAUAUCCGACUGCACCGCACACGGAGUCAAACAACGAUAUGAAGAGGAGUUUACGCUUCUUUGCGGUUUCUCAGUAAAAAAAAAAAAACUGACAAG